CAGCAGGACUCGGCUGGGUCGCCUCACUCCCAGCAGCGGCCGGGCGAGGCGGAGCAGGCAUGUGUCGGGAGCUCCUUCCCAACGCCUGGGAGAGCAUCUUGUCCCAGAUCAGGCUCUGGGGGCAGCCUCAGCAGAAGGGCUUCCCUCUGCAGGACCUGCACCGCCGCCUGGACCAGGCGCGCUACGCGCCCCCGCUGGAAGGGGCUGCCUUCCACUACGGCUUCAACUCCAACUUCCUGCGGAAGGUGGUGUCCUACUGGAGGAAGGAGUUCGACUGGCGUGAGAAAGUGAAGGUCCUGAACAAGUACCCCCAUUUCCGAACCACCAUUGAAGGGAUUGAGAUUCAUUUUAUCCACGUGAAGCCCUCCUACGUCCCUCAUGGUCAAGUUGUUCAACCUCUGCUGAUGGUCCAUGGCUGGCCCGGCUCUUUCUAUGAGUUCUACAAGAUCAUCCCUCUGCUAACAGACCCAGCUGGGCACGGCCUGACUGAGAGUGACGUAGUGUUUGAGGUCAUCUGCCCAUCCAUCCCAGGCUAUGGCUUCUCGGAAGCACCGCGCCAGAAAGGUUUUGACAGCAUAGCAACUGCUCGGAUAUUUCAUAAGCUGAUGAACAGGUUGGGCUUCAAGAAAUACUACGUGCAGGGAGGAGACUGGGGAUCCCGUAUUACCACAAACAUGGCCCAGAUGCUGCCACAAUCUGUCAAAGGGCUUCACCUGAAUCUGGUCUUCGACGUCAAACUAGGAUUGAGAAGGAUGAUUUCUGUGAUGCUCGGGGCUUACGUACCGUGGCUCGUGGGCCUCAGCAGGGAAGACGUUCGACGAAUGUACCCGUUUGUCCAGAAGAACUUCUAUUAUCUUCUGCAGGAAUCUGGAUACUUGCACAUCCAAGCCACCAAACCAGACACUGCAGGUUGUGGGCUGAAUGACUCCCCUGUGGGGCUUGCUGCAUAUAUUUUGGAGAAAUUCUCAACCUGGACAGAUAAAUCAUUUCGGCAUAAAGAUGAUGGAGGCUUGGAAAGCAAAUACUCUCUUGAUGAGCUUUUGACCAAUGUGAUGAUUUAUUGGGUGACAUCCUCCAUUGUGUCCUCCAUGAGAUACUACAAGGAGAAUUUUGCCAGUGACCCUACUCUAGAUGCCCAUGCCAGGGUUGGAGUAUAUGUUCCUACAGGGAUUGCAGCUUUUCCUCAGGAGUUAACACAGUUGCCAGGAGGCUUAACAGCUUCUGCCCUGGGGGCUGGAGGGGUGCUGGUUUACUGGCUGAGGUCUAGAUCCAAGAUCAAGACUAUUGAGAUGGGCGAUGGAUGGUGGGGCUCAGGUGAAAAACCCCUAAAAGGGAAAGAAGAUGAAAGUAUCCGUCCCUUCAAGAUUGAAACAUCUGACAAAGAAAUCGAG